AUGAGUUAUCCACCACCAUCUGGGGGCUUUCCCAUGUAUGGGCCUCCUCCUGUACCAGGGGGAGGAUCCCAGUAUCCAGCCCCUGGAGGACCACCACUAGGAUUUGACAGCUACGCCAGCCAACCUUCAUAUGUAGGUGCCACUCCUGGGGUAAGUGUAAUAGUUUUAAUUUGCCUGGCUAUUAAGUCAUCUCUCUUUCGGCUGUGACUGAAAAUUCAGAUAGGAAAGGUCUUUCUAUGUCCUUUACCAGGACUGCCAUUAAGUUUUGAACAUGAAAUAUUUUAGCUGUAGCAUCCUAAAACACAGCCAACGAACAUGUAACCAAAGGUCCAAAGGGCCUGAGUGUCUAGGGGGGUGGGCCUCAAACAUGGCAACAUUCAAUGUUGGUAGGCUUGCAGCACCUUUAUUAAAAUUGGUGUUGUUAUUAAUACAUUGGUCUUUGGCUCUCUUAAUACCUCUUAAACAAGCCAAAGUAUUAUGAAUUACUUGUUUGUUUUUGCGUAGUAAAAUCAUUUGUUAAGACCUUAAGUGACUGAACAGUCCAUGCAUUUUGCCCACCACAGUACCCACCUGGUCCAGCUAUGCCCAUGCCCACCCCUGAGGGCUCUUCUAUGUAUCCUGGAAUGCCAGGUCAAAUGCCAACAGCAAUGCCUCCCCCUAUGCCAUCAGGUAAGUUGAAAUGUAUUUCAAUAGUAUACUGUCUAGUAGGUACACUGUAAUUAACAAUAAUUGAAAAAGGCUGAGUAUGAUUUAGAGAAUUUUGUGGAGGUCGAGGAAGUGGAUGACACCCUCCUAGAUCGGUGUAAUUCUUCAGAUCAUAUGAAAGCUGUAUCCAAUGAUUUAUUGUUUUGUUAAAAAAUUUAUUCAAAAUAAUUCCUAGAGGACUUCUGACUGUCUUGCAUUGCUCAAAACACCUUUGCUUGUAAGCUCCCAGCUUAAGUAAUGCAACUUGGCAGCAAAUGAACUGCCAUACUGGUGACUGAGAUCAUGUGCUUUAAUUUAUAACUGUAAUGUAUAGAUGUUUAAAUGACCGGAUGCAUGCUUUAUGGAAUUAUUGAGUUACAAAAUUUUUCUGACUUCAUGGUGCAGUUGAAUGUCUUAUUUUUUUAAAUUUGUAAUAAAUUAAUAAAACAAUAGGUAUGCCAAUGCCCUCUCCUAAUGCUGGGAUGCCUGCACCACCACAUGCUGCUGGUCCUUAUGGGGCCCCUCCUUCCAUGCCACAGCCUGGCAUGGGCUAUCCAUCUACUGGACAUUUAUCAUUUGGGGUGAGCUUAACAUUUAUCUUAAAAGGAUGUAGCGUGUAGAGCAAAUAUGCAACUUUGGUGAAAGAUAGAGAAGCAAUGAUUAAUGUACAAAUUGUUCAUUGGUAAAAGUGAGACAACAUUUUUUUUUCACUUCUAUGUUUAAGCUAUAUAGACCAUAGUAAGUAUUAUGAUUAGUGUUUGCUACAUGGCUACAAAAAUGAAUACUGUCAAGAAUUAGGUAAUUAUUUGAAUGACAAGGUAACUUCAAAUUUCACCAGUAUUCAUGCAUAGAAUGCAGGACCAAAUGACUAUUUUAUACCUUACUCACCCGACAUUAGACCAGUUUAUAACGAGAGUAUAAAAUUCAUAUAAAAGUUGAACCUGACUGAACAGGGUGUACAUGUUCUAAGUAUUACUUUACAAUGUACUCACUAUUUAUCCUCUCAUCGGCUAUAAGAACCUACAGUUAAUUUUGGAAAUCUGGGCAACCUACAGAUUAGUUAGUCAUCUGCUGGCAGAAGUGACUAAUCUGUAGGUUGGGUGUGCAAUGCAUAAUUUCCAAGAGCAAUCAAUCUGUGUUCCAUGCGAUGGUUUGUUUGUUGUCAUUUUCUUUAAAACAAACUACAAAUAAAACAAUAUUGUUAGAUAUGUUUUUUUGUUGAUACCAGGAAUAAUUAAGGUCUCAGUACCGGAUAAGUGUUAUCAGCCUCAGCCUUCAGCCUGGCUGAUAACACUGUUUUUAUUAAAAUACCUUGGUCUUGACAUUUUGGAUAUCACAGUGGAAACCUCAUCCGACAAUCAUGUAAAAUCCAUUGUUAUAUUAAACCAGUAUUCAACCUAGUUUGAUUUAAAAUUCCCUUUUAUUUUCUAUCCUUAAUUAAUCAUAGGAGACAAAUGGAAUUCUGCUUUAAUCCUUUCCCUGUACAGCAUACAUGUUACAGGUCAAAAUAAUAUUAAAAUCAUGUUAAAAUUUUUUAACCUAGGUUGUCAUUUCCUUUGUCUUCUAGCCCUUUAAAUUCAUGAAUAAUUAGUGCUAGGAGACAAAGGUUAAAUUGAGAAUCAAUUUGGGUUAAACAGUUUGAACCUGAAUUAAUAAUUUUGACCCGUAACAUACCCACCUUACAUAUUUUGGUUAAGAUGUGCACUUAUUUUAAAAUAGCUCAGUUUAUCUUGAAAUGUUUUAGGGUGCAGCAAUGGCCACUGCUUCAUUUCCAAGCCACUACAGGAGUCAAGUUGGUCCACCUCAACCUCAGCCUAACUUGUCCAUGGUUAGCUAUUGGUUUUUCACUUUGGUCAAACCUUCAGUCUGUGACAUUUUCUUUCUUUGUUCAAUUAAUGGUCUUUCCUUCCCUAAAUCCGCUUAAAGCGAGGAAGCUUAAGAUUGCUUGCAUGCUACAUACUUUCAAUCUGUUUCAGUAGUACUGCAGAAGAAUUCUCACCAAAGAUGCAUCUCUCCUGAACCCAACAAAUAAAUUGACAGUGGAACAGCAAAGAUAGUGGCUGGAAAAAUCAUUAUUGUAUUAAACAAAACAGUUUAAUGGUUUUGCAGGCGCAUUAUGCUUACUGGUACACUAUUUUCUAUGUCAUUCUCUGCUAAUUUUCAGGUUUUGCAGAGAAUGUGAAGACAUGACAGUUACUUUUACUUAUUUUCCUCUAUGAACCUUAAAUAUCUUCAGGGACUGGACCUGAGCUCAAUACUGAAGAUAGACAAACAAACAAAUUGGAACUGUCUUAAAUUAUCUAAAAGAGCUUAGAUGUCUACAAUGAAAUAGCAGAAGCCAUAUCUUGGUCAGAAAGGAAUGACUUGUAAGUGUUUUAUGCUGCAGGAAAUAGUACAGUUAUGUACUACUGACUUAAGACGUUCUGUCACGUCCUUUGUAGGCUCCACCUCCGAGUGCUCCCCGCUCUGCUGGCAUGCCAUCUUCCCAUCCUCCACCCCCUGCAGCAGCAUCAUCUUACUCAACCUCAUCCUCAUACAUGUCAUCAUCAUCAUCGUACUCGUCACACUCUACAUCCACCACCAAGUCUGGAUCAAGCCAUCAGGUACAAAUUUAAUGAUCAUUUAAUUAGUUAAUGGCAAUUAAGUUGUAUCAGAAUCGCCUCAUGUAAGGUGAUCUAGAGUCUGGAAUUGGAGAAAACUGUGCUUGUAGAAUCCAGAUUCUGAAAAAAUUUAUGCUUGUGGAAUCCGGAUUCCUAAGCUUUGGAAUCUGUAAUUCAAUGCAGCUCAAGGAAUCCAGAACUCUGCUAAUGAAUAGAAACCGGAAUCCUUCUAAUGAUUAGAAUCCGGCAGAAAACCGAUCAAUCUAUCAAUCUAUCAUCUUGAUUUAACGAGUCCAAAACAUGUUAACUCAUGGCUAGUUAGAGAGUUGUUAUUUAAAGCAUGGCCCAAAACCGAAAUCAAAACCUGUGCCAUUGUGUGUGUCUCUAUGUAUAGAAAGGUUUAUGUUUCACAAUUUUGUCUAAUGUUUGUGCGAUCGGCGUUUCCAGUUAACCUAACUAAAUUUUUUUCUUUUUCAGUCUUCAACCAAGCGAGCAUCUGUCAAAGUUCGCGAAACAACUUUUGAUGCGCAGAAGGACGCUGAAGUGUUAAGGAAAGCUAUGAAGGGAUUAGGUAUAAAACGCAAAAAUGUCCUCUAAAGUCUCUUUAUGGACUCUUAUGCCCCUCUUUUCCCCAACCUCCUUCACCCCUGGGACUUGCUUAUAUGGUCACAUGGCUGAUUCACACUAAAACACGUUUGAAAAUAAUUAACUUAUGCACACCUCAAUCAACCUGGACCGCGUCCCUUAUACCGCUUGUGACGUCAUCAUUAUUAUACAUCGUUGAAACUCGACUUGUGCAGGAAGAAGAGAUUUUUCGAACCAUACCCAAAUGAGUGCGAUUCAGUCAAAGAGGCGAGAGAAAAACGCAAAAAAAUUAUGUAAUUUGGAACAGAUGAUUCUGCGAGGAAAAUCUCGUUUUUUGCAGUACCCACCAGUACACUUCCUUCCAAAUAAUUUCGGGUCCUCGCGGGGUUUGGGGUUUCGUGAAAACGCUUCCCAACCUAAUAAAACAUGGACCUGGAUUGAAGAUUUACGUUUCUGGUGUGUACGACUAUGAGAUCGCCUCAUUCUCCUACUCGCAGAGCAAAAUGUAUAUAUGUGCAAAAGAAAUGCAUGUGAGAAGAAUGAUAUUCGGCUAUCAAAGAAGUUUUCGUAGAUAAUUAUGCUCCUUUUUAUCCGUUCUGUAGGAUGUGAUUCCAAAGCUAUUACUACGUUGCUUUGUUCGCGAACAAAUAGCCAGAGACAACGGAUUGAGUUAGAAUACAAGACAAUGUAUGGCAGGGUAAGCCUUGAUGCUUUCCAUCUUGUUAUGUUAGUGCGCGAUGUUUCAGCAUUAGGUAGCUGUUUGUUGGCUAAGAAUUAUCCACUCAAAAUCCAAAUUGAUCGCAUUAAGUUCCCCCCUUGACAUGUGGAUGUUUAGUUGAUGUUCAAAAGAAUGAAGCACCUGGCAACACAAGAUAAAUUUAGUUGAUAACACAAGAGCAUUUUUCACCCAUAACUUGAGCUACAUGUCGUUCUAAUGGAAGUUAAGAAGACGACGUACUGACGACGUUAUUUUGCGCUACAAAACAGAAGAACACGCACAAUAUGCUAGCGAUCACUUGGUUUUAAAUCGGUUUGACAGCUUAGCUAGAAAAGCGAAAAAAGCCUGUCGCUCGAAACGGACAAGACGGAAACGUUGAACAAUGUGAUCAUUACUGGUGGUUUUGUGUGUUUAUGAUUAUUCUGAUUAUUUUUGGAAUUGUCAUUUACUGGAUAAACAAGACUGGAUAAACUGGGCAACUCAUUUUCAAGAUUGGGGGCCAAAGUAUGGAAUUGCAUACCUUCUAGGAUUAGAAAUCUCCCAAAAGAAAGCUUUAAAAAAGAAAAUACAUGACUGCUUGCUUCAAAUCAAAACAAACGACUAUCCUGAUAUGCCUACCUUAUUAGGACAAAUGCAACAUAUUCAAAAUCGUCCGUAAUUCACCGACUUGUUAUCUUUGUACUGAUCAUCUUAAUAGUGUACUUAUAAGCUUCUGACUUAUUUUCUGUAUUCCAGCUAAUCUUAGCUUUGCUUUUAACGUAACCUUUCUUCUUUUCCUCACCUCUUGUACAACUUAAUUUAAGCUUAAAUACCUUUUUUUGACCUGUUGAUUUAAUAUAAUACCAUUUGGAGUGUGUAUUUUGUUUUAUAUAGUCAUUGUCCACCUAGGCUAGCCUUUGCAAUUUGUGGGCAGUAAGAAAAUAACUGAAAUUGUAAAUAUCUGAAUAAACUCUUAGAUGAAAUGAAUAAAUGAAAUGAGUACUCAGCAUUUCACGGCAAGUUUCCACAUAGUCUUAGCAGUGCUGACUGUUAGUAAUUUUGUCACCCUGUAGGACCUUUUGAAGGAUCUUAAAUAUGAACUGGGUGGUCAUUUUGAGGACAUUGUUCUUGCUCUUAUGAUGCCUCCCGCGGAUUACGAUGCUACUUCACUGAGAAAAGCCAUCAAGGUAAGUACAAGGUAUAUCGAGUUUCGCUAGAAGGGAGGGUGGUCUUGUAAGGGAGGAGUGGGUGGAAUAAGUGCAAUGAACCAAAUCCUGCACUGUGAAAACCAAGGGCCUAUCCCCCUAUCCUGGCUUACAGGAUAGCAGGAUAGCCCUGCUUGGGAUAUUGGGGGCCAACAAGGUUUCUUACGAAUCCAAUUCGUGUAGUUCAUUUUACAUGCAUGAAUUUGGUUAACUAAGUCAUCCCGUAGAUACUUAAAAGCUGCCCAUUCGUUCGUUAGUUACAUGUUGGCUUCUUUCUUUCGCUGCUGAUCUGUAACUUUGCAUGUAACUAGCGCCUUUGAAAUCUUGGGAGAGGGCUUUUUUAACUGGCCUUCUUUUUAUACCCUUCUUUUGCUUGUUCACUCCCUUAAACUGAAUUAAACACUGGCAGCAUACUGCCCCUCACAAUUCAUUCAAUUCGCUUCCGUGUGUUUUUUCAGGGUCUCGGAACAGAUGAAGGCGUUUUGAUUGAGAUUCUGUGCACAAGAAGUAAUUCAGAGGUCACUGCAAUANAUUUCACGACAAGUUUCCACAUAGUCUUAGCAGUGCUGACUGUUAGUAAUUUUGCCACCCUGUAGGACCUUUUGAAGGAUCUUAAAUAUGAACUGGGUGGUCAUUUUGAGGACAUUGUUCUUGCUCUUAUGAUGCCUCCCGCGGAUUACGAUGCUACUUCACUGAGAAAAGCCAUCAAGGUAAGUACAAGGUAUAUCGAGUUUCGCUAGAAGGGAGGGUGGUCUUGUAAGGGAGGAGUGGGUGGAAUAAGGACAAUGAACCAAAUCCUGCACUGUGAGAACCAAGGGCCUAUCCCCCUAUCCUGGCUUACAGGAUAGCAGGAUAGCCCUGCUUGGGAUUUUGGGGGCCAAUAAGGUUUCUUACGAAUCCAAUUCGUGUAGUUCAUUUUACAUGCAUGAAUUUGGUUAACUAAGUCAUCCCGUAGAUACUUAAAAGCUGCCGAUUCGUCCGUUAGUUACAUGUUGGCUUCUUUCUUUCGCUGCUGAUCUGUAACUUUGCAUGUAACUAGCGCCUUUGAAAUCUUGGGAGAGGGCUUUUUUAACUGGCCUUCUUUUUAUACCCUUCUUUUGCUUGUUCACUCCCUUAAACUGAAUUAAACACUGGCAGCAUACUGCCCCUCACAAUUCAUUCAAUUCGCUUCCGUGUGUUUUUUCAGGGUCUCGGAACAGAUGAAGGCGUUUUGAUUGAGAUUCUGUGCACAAGAAGUAAUUCAGAGGUCACUGCAAUAAAACAUUCCUAUCAAAAGCGUGAGUUGGCGAAAUAGUUGACAGCUAUUUCAAUUUUAAGGCCUCAAGCUAAAGCGAUAUGGCUACAAGGUCGCGUGGGUAGUUUCUUUGUAAUCCUGUCGUAACUUGUCAGUGCUAUAGAAUGGUAUGAAACAUCACUAGAGUUUACCUUUACGAUUUCACGCCGGAUGGCAGAGGUGGCUAAAUGUUUGUGAAAUUAUUACCUAUAAUAUCUCUAUGCUUUCUCAGUCGUGGUCGUCGUGGGAUAGGCUUUUCGUCCAACACCGUUAAUUAAAAUAGCGGUAUUUGAAGUAUUUAAAUUAGACCUUAUUGAAGUUGUGAUCAUCUCAACGAAGUGAGAAGAUAUAAUCUUAGUCACAGCAAGCAAGUUCUUGCCAAUUUAUUAAAGAUCGCGGUUGGUGAUUCAGGUGGGGUUUUGAACUUGUGAAGCUAGUCUUGACUAACACCAAGCUCACUCAUUUACCCUAGUUACACCUUUCCCUUAAUACUUUCUCUGGCUAAUGAAAACAUAUGCAUUUUUUGGCAUGUCUCAAGUGUUCAGCCGAGACUUGGAAAAGGAUGUUGCAGGAGACACUUCUGGUUAUUUCAAGAAAUUCCUCACUUCACUUCUUCAGGUAAAAUUCAUAGUCAUAGUCAGAACAAGUUCACAAGAAUCCGCGGGCCAGGCGAUAGAAUUUUCUCUUUGUGAAAGAUUUUCUUUUCAUUUUAUUUCCCUACUUUUACUACAAAGAAGAUCAUAGAUAAAAUUCUUGUAAAAGUUCGGUCAAUAUACAAAGAUUUCAUGAAGACCCGUUUACAAUAUUAAAGGAGAAGAGACGAGAGGGGAGGGGACGGGAGAAGGGGAGUGGAAGGGAGAGGGGUGGGGAGGUGAGCGGGUGUGACUACUCUGUCCAAGUAAUGAGUUAAGAUCCGUUUACCCAUGCCCAAUUUUUUAGCACCUAGUAUGCGCAAACCUUCGUUUAUAUGUUUUCCAGGUGCUGAUCCGCACCAAGCUGUUUCGUGUUCUUUUAUUCCUACAGGCCUACAGAGACGAAAACCAGUCUGUUGAUUUUGCUAAAGCUCAGGCAGAUGCGAAGGUGCGUUGCAGAAGUUUCUUUUAUUAGAAUAAAGUUAUUAAAAAACUUGAAGAUUUCUUGACGCUUUUUACUUUCCUGAGUAAAAGAUAAAUAGUAGUUGUAGUUAAUUAGAACUCUAUAAGAAUGUUUACUUGCCUUUCGGAUCGUGGGGGUUCGGAAUUACUAGCUUUUAACAGAAGGAUAAAACUAAAAAACCUGCAAAAACCUCUCGGAGCAAAGAAGGAAGCCAUCAACAAACUCGAACCCCAUAUAAACAGCGGGCUAAAUCGAACCCGGGCCUUCAAGCUUUAUCAUUAGCCCUGCCGGACUUAACAGGAACACCAUAACAACGUGGACCAGUUACAGUUGGCCAAUUAUCGGUUUAAAUAUAUGAUAUCGGUCGGUUAAAAAACUGGAACCUGGACUAAUCCUUUUCCUUGUAGAAACCAGUGAGGAUGGGAAUUUUGUUGCCAAACGUAGAGCGAUGCUUUGAAAAGCGUCCUCUGGCAGGUUAAGCUUACUGUUGUCAAAUAUCAACUUGUGUGUAGGCGCUAUACCAAGCAGGAGAAGCAAGAUGGGGAACAGACGAAUCAAAGUGAGUUUUAUAAGUGUAAAGAUUAAGCGGUCGUUGAGAAAACUACAGAACCAAAUAUUUACUAGUAAAACUCAUGAACUAAAAAAUCUACGUAUAGGUUUACUUAUCCUAGGAGUGCUUAAUGCAUAAAAAUUUGCAGAGCGAAAUACAAAUGAAAAGGAUGGAAGAUUAUGGAGUUGUAACUCGGAGUUUCACGCACUACUGUAGUUUUCGAUCAUCAGACUAAAAAUUCUGAAAACAGAUUUCGGUUUUAAGUUGGAAAUUUGAAAUUCAUGGACGGUUGGAGUGGCGCGUUCUGUGACUGGUUGCGAAGAACUUGUUCUCGUGACAACACUUGGUUUCCAGCUCGGAUCGUUGAUUUAUAUAUUUUUUUGGCAUACAACUGCAAUCUUUUAUUUUUUAGGUUUAAUAUCAUCCUUGUCUCACGAAGUUUUUCCCAGCUAAAAGCAACCUUCGAUGAAUACGCCAAGGUGAGUGAUGACUUUUCAUUCUUCGAUUCAACAAAACUUUGAAUCAAUACUUCUCGUUAUAACGCUCUGCAGCCUAACGGUUUAUUUUCUUACAUGAGGGAAUUUUGUAUAGUUUCCUUUAAUCCUCCGUUUUAUGUGUUUUAAAAAAAAUUAGAAGGGGUAAAGUGAUCAUUUUACUUGAGUUGAGCUAGGCUCUUUGUCCACUCUGUCAAUAAGGAAUAGUCGUGAACCAUCUUGUAAGUGCAACCUUCCAGUUGUGAUUUUCCCGCUCUCCUGGUGACAGAUGAAACAGGACACGCUAUUUGCUAUCUUUUUAAAAAGCUUAAAUGUGCCUUCGGAUCAACUAAAUUCCAAAAAUAAUUGUUAGUUUUGUUAUUUAAGACUAUAUUUAGGCACUGAAACUGUUUCCUGUCGUCUGUUGUUAGAGAUGGCAAGGAUGGAAAUGGAUUGAAACGUGAAAAAGUUGGUUCAAGUUUUAAUGUCAUGACUGCAGAAAUCACCCAAAAGAAUACUAUGGUUUUUGCUGUAUUGAAAUUUGUUUCAGAUCUUUAAAACUCUACAGGAGCAUUUUGUGUAUUGGUUAAUGCACCAAGUGCUGACUUAAGCACAGAAUUGGCCAAGAACAGUAGUAUCCUCGUGACAUGGCGCUUUUAAAGCCGUGGAUAGUGCUACUUCAGUUCUGUAUGUACUGUAUGUAUUCAUGUUUCUUUUCAGAUUUCUAAAUAUGACAUUGAAGAGUCAAUAAAGAGGGAGAUGUCUGGUGACUUAAGAGAUGGAAUGACUGCUAUAGGUAACACUGAAGAAAUGAUGAUUAGAGUGCUUGCGUUAUUCAAGGAUAAUUUUUUAAGGCCAUAUCUUCAGUUUAUUACCCUCUCCACUGACAUCAGUUUUUUUUUUCGCCGCAGGCUGGGUCAAAAUAUGGUUAAUAAACUAACAUUGGUGUAUGUCAUUCCAGUAGACGUGCACCGUUCUAUGCCUCUUAUUUCACUGGUCCCCUUUAAUCUGCACUUCCAUUGUUUUCAGGGAUAGAGGCGUUGUUAUGUGACAAUCCCUAUUGUUUUCCUAGCUAACCAAAAUCAAUCUUUCAAAUAGGUGCAGGAUCGCCCUAUCAUUCUCGUCAUCCUUAAUUUUCUGUUUUUCAUUUCAGUUCGGAUUGUGAGGAAUUCGCCUGCAUUCUUUGCUGAGAAGCUGUACAAGAGCAUGAAGGUGGGUAAACGAUUUUCUUCGUGAAGUCUUCGCGAAAGCGAACUCGGCCCAAUUUCCUUCUCCUUUCCUAAUUGGCGGAUACAAACGGGAGAACUGGGACUCAGGGAGCUAAUGCGACGAAUCUGUUUUAAAAUAUUUGCCUUUGAAACGAUUUCGUCCCACGAAUUUCGACUUCUAGCUAGUACACCUAUCUUUCGUCUUGUUUAGGGUCUUGGAACAGAUGAUGCCACCCUUAUACGAAUCAUUGUGACGCGAUCAGAGGUGGAUCUGCUGGACAUUAAGGACGAGUUUGCCAAGUUAUAUCAUUGCUCACUGGCUAAGUUUAUAUCGGUACGAGUCAUAUAAAUGUGUUUAAUAUUUUUAUCUUACAAAGGUACUAGGUCUUGGGUAAUCCCAAGUAAGGCUUCCGGAGAUGAAUCCUGUUCAUUUUAAGCGAGUGUACUCGAUGUCCUACUCAGACGUUCCGUCACUAGGUGUUUCCAAGGGUCUCUUUCUUUUAGCCGUUUGGAAACAAGGUUGGCUGGGUCUUGAAUGUCAUUAUCGUUUUUCUCUUAUAAUUAAGUAGCUCCUAACCUCGAAUUGUGCUGUUGCCAAAGUAGUGACGAUGUAACAAACAAGGGAUAUUUCCGACUUUCACGCAAGUCGAGAAAAACUGACGUCUGUUUUUAAGUUUAUCCAAAGUUAUACCUGAAUGCAACCCUAUUUUAAAUCCUUUCUAAUUUUGUGUACCCCUCCCUCCUUCAGCAGUGUAAAGCGUUGCUUUCAAUUGAUACUUCAGUCACGUCAAUCCUAUCUGGACUUGAAGGAAACUGCUGAAUUAGCUCUGACUUGCUUCGCCUAUUGCCUCAAACUUUACCUUCUUUUUCAAAGUUCUGAUGCUUUUUAUAUGAGUAAAGAUAUCUUUGAACUCAAAAAGGUCUCAUAGAGGAAGUGAAACACCUACAUUUAAGUUUUAUUUGGAGUGACGAAGAGUUCGCGUUCGAAAUGCCAGCCUUUGAAUCUCUCUAGAAGUUUGAACUGCAACUCCUACCCAAGUAAAUAUUUUUCUUUCCUUUUUUCAGGACGAUACACGAGGAAAUUACAAGAAAAUUCUCCUUCAGUUAAUAAGUGAACAGAANUUCGCGUUCGAAAUGCCAGCCUUUGAAUCUCUCUAGAAGUUUGAACUGCAACUCCUACCCAAGUAAAUAUUUUUCUUUCCUUUUUUCAGGACGAUACACGAGGAAAUUACAAGAAAAUUCUCCUUCAGUUAAUAAGUGAACAGAAGUAGACUUUAGCUUAAUGCUUUUGCAAAAGCUUGUUGUCCUUUUCAUCAUCGGCAUUAUUAUGGGUUAGUUUUAAAUGAAUACGCGCUGUUUCCUUGAUCAUGUGAGAAAUGUUAAUUUAAGUCAUUAGUAUUACAUUCACCGAGAUUGUUACCAUAUAGGGUGAACUUUCUA